AUGUUUGCUUCAACAAACACAAUCGAACGAUAUAUCAGCUAUGGCAAAUUCUCGUAUGCCACUCCUGACCUGGAUUAUCCAAAUGAUGACGGUUGGCCGACAGGAUUCGUUCCGAUUGCAAUUCACACGGUCGAUGAUGACACUGAUUAUAUUGGAAAGGUUGACGCUGUUUGCGACCGCCAGACUUAUUUGUGGGACAUGGCUAAAACCUCUCCAGAACUGCAGGCAUUCCAAAAUAGACCCGAUGUUGUGGGUUUGCUUGACAAUUUGACAAGACUCUGUGGUGAACCUAUUGAUAUCGAUAAUAUAUGGGUAGUUAGAGACGCGUUAUUCAUUGAGCAAGUACAUGCAAACGAGACUCUCAGAAAAGUGAACACCUGGUUCAGCGAUGACCUCUUUACCCAAAUAACCAUGGUCAAUGAUCAAGUGAAGCUCUAUCAAAGUGGCAAAUUCAAUGGAACUCUAAUGAUGAACAAUCUCGACAUCGGAAAUGAGAUACAGAAAAUCCGAGGUGGAUCUAUGAUGAACGACCUCAACAUGCACAUGAAUAUUAAGCUACAAUGCUUGAACAAGACUCAUUCAAACUGUACAUGGAUCAACGGCUUGAAGUACUACGUCUAUUCAGCGCAUGACAGCACAAUUUUUGAGUUUUUCUCCAUAUUGGAUAUUGAGACCAUUGUCAUCUCAUCUCAUGGCUAUCCAGAUUACUCAGCAGCAAUAUUUAUUGAGCUAUGGAGGAAUCGCACCAACAACCAGCCGUAUUUCAAGGUUAACAAGAUUUCUGAAGUCACAUUCGAGCCACUUAUGUACCAUCAAGGAUCAACGAAUGUUACCCUUUAUCCAAUCACUCAUUUGCUUCAUCCGUGUGACGGACAACUAUACUGCAGCCUGGACAAAUUCCAAGCCUUCGCAGAUAGAACAAGGCCGGAUGAACCGAUGAGUCAGGUAUAA